CGGGCACUCGCUGUACAUAGCACUACACCCUCAUCAUCCAAGGCCCCUUCAUGAGCACUCUUCACGGGAGCAGCUUCUCCUGGCUGCUCGGAGGCGCAGGACGCUAUCGGCUUUAUUACCCUCAUGUGACGGAUGAGGAGACUGGGGCUCUGACUGCAGCUCUCAGGAUGCCGGCCGCCUCCAGACCCAGGUUUCCGUCUGCUUCUGACACUCGGGCCAAACGCCAGCAAAAUGUGGGUCUCACUGUACUUUGGAUUCCUGGGGCUGUGUUCUGUGGCAGUCGGCAGCUGCAUUCUCUUUCUGCACUGGAGGAAGAACCUGCGGCGGGAACAGCGUGCCCAGCAGUGGGUGGAGGUGAUGCAAGCAGCUACAUUCACCUACAGCCCUCUGUUGUACUGGAUUAACAAGCGCCGGCACUACGGCAUGAACGCAGCCAUCAACACGGGGCCUCCUCCUGCCAUCGGCAACCCUGAGACUGCCGUCCAGAAUCCAGAUCCUCUGUGGGAGGCCAAUGUUCCUGAAGGCAGGGGCCAUGCUGUCCAAGCCGGUGCCCCCAGGGUGGAGGUCCCUGCUCCCCUGCAGCCAGCACUCGUGGUCCCACAGCAGCCCCUACCUUCCCCAAUGCCACGGCCCCAGGCCAGCUCCCCUCUCCCGAUUCCCACCUUUCAGGAGGUUCCCUUUGCCUUAUCCCUCUGCAACCUUCCUCCUGUGGUGAACCACUCUGUCUCCUACCCUUUGGCCAGCUGUCGUAAGAUAAAUGGCCGCUUCCAUUCUCUCCCCACACUGGCCCAUGGAGACCACUGCUUCAGUGCCAAGCCUUUUGCUUCAGAAUUGUAGCCUCCUCUUACUGAGGGUGGGAGCUGCAGGGAUCGGGUAGAAUAGGAAAUGGAGACAUUGGAUACAAGCGGCCAGGUCCAUCUCGAUGUCACAUUGUGAAAGACCAAAAUAAAUGUUCCAGACUCCCAAAUGUCUCAUUUACCAUUUGGAAGGCGAUGUCCAUUCCCUGUCUGAUGGGGCACUUUGCUAAACAA